ACAAUCCAACCGGCUGUGCAAGGAAGUCGUGAUUCUGUUUCUCGGUUUCUUCGGGUUUCCUCGGUUGAUGCCGCCAGAAGGCAUUGGAAAACCAGAAAACCGGCAGAGGUGCCUCAAGGAAUAAUGCUUAAGCUUUUACUUACCCCAAACCGGCAAAGCUGCUGGCAAGGAUUGGUACGAUCACCGUACAGUACGGACAGUAAGCAUGCGUUGCUGAGGAAAACGAUCCAGUCCUUUGGUGUGGGAAAGUCGAGUUUUCUACAGACAACCCGCGGGAACAGUUUGCGGUCUCCGCUAAGAUCGGCACACACCGUAACAGGUGGUACGUCUUCCCGUGGCUCACGAGUGGUACGGGUUCUGCUUGGAGGCACCGGAGUUAGUCUAACGUUGGGCUACCAGUACCGUCGGUGGUUUGUGCACUGCGAGGCAUCCGCGAACCGUUUGGCCGGCCAACGUUACGCGCUUGAAGAUGAGCGAGUUCGGUUUGAUUGGUGGAAAUUUUGGCGUUACCUGAAGCAUCACUUGGGAAAGCUGAUCGGUGCGAUUUUGGCCGCUCUUGCUGUAGCGUAUUUUAACAUUCAAAUACCAAACCUUCUUGGUGUGCUAGUUAACAAGCUGGCUCGAUAUGCUGGAAGUAGCUUGCAGGACAUCGAUACGGCAAGCUUUUUCCGUGACAUGCGAGGACCCGCCUUCCAGUUGUUUGGAAUGUAUCUGGCCCAAUCGGGAUUCACCUUCCUUUACAUCCUGCUGUUGAGUCAAAUUGGUGAACAGAUGGCUGCUAGCAUACGGCAGGACCUGUUCCGUCAGAUCAUCAUACAGGAUCUGGAAUUUUUCGACCACAAUCGAACGGGCGAACUGGUCAAUCGAUUAACUGCCGACGUGCAGGACUUCAAAUCGAGCUUCAAGCAAUGCAUCUCGCAAGGACUUCGAAGCUUCGCCCAGCUUGUAGGCGGUGGCAUAUCGUUGUUCUGGAUCUCGCCGCAACUGGCCAGCAUUGCGCUCGUUUCGGUACCGGUGGCUGUGGUGAUGUUUUCCCUGCUCGGCCGUUCGCUACGCCACUUGAGUAAGAAAUCGCAAGCCCAGUCGGAACGGGCCACGUCGGUGAGUGAGGAAGCGCUGGCCAACAUUCGGACCGUGCGAGCAAGCGCUAGUGAGUACAGCGAGGUGGAGCUGUUCCGUGUGGAGACGGACAAAUCGGCCGUACUAUCGCAGCAGCUUGGAGGUGGAAUUGCCGUGUUUCAGGCGCUCAGCAAUCUGUGCCUUAACGGAAUGGUGUUAACGACACUCCUGCUAGGUGGACAUUUUAUGUCGGCGAACUCGAUCAGUGCCGGUGAUCUCAUGGCGUUCCUCGUUGCGGCCCAGGGCGUGCAGAGGUCGUUGGCCCAAGGAUCAAUCCUUCUCGGCUCGGUCAUUCGGGGAAUGACGGCUGGUGCGCGAGUGUUCGAGUAUCUCAACCUGGAGCCCAAAAUUGACCUGAAACAUGGCCUCACCAUUCCUGAGGAAAGCCUGCGCGGAGAGGUACGCUUCGAGGGCGUAGAGUUUGUGUACCCCACGCGACCCAACCAGCGGGUGUUGCGUGAUUUCAGCUUAGUCCUCCGACCCGGACAGACGGUGGCGCUCGUUGGUGCGAGUGGCAGUGGUAAAUCGACCGUGGCUUCACUGCUGGAGCGAUUCUAUGAACCCACGGGGGGACGCAUAACGAUCGAUGGGUACGAGCUGGCACACAUCUCCCCCAGCUGGCUUCGGGGCGAGCUGAUUGGAUUCAUCGAACAACAACCGGUGCUGUUCGGGACGACAAUCUAUGAAAAUAUCAAAUACGGCCGACCGGGGGCAACUGACGAGGAAGUUCUCCAGGCGGCCAAGCUGUCACAGUCGCAUGAUUUUGUCAGCAAACUUCCCGACGGCUACGAUACCAUGGUUGGCGAACGAGGCAUACAAUUGAGCGGUGGUCAGCGGCAACGAAUUGCGAUCGCGCGGGCCUUACUCAAACAACCGACGAUACUUAUACUCGACGAGGCGACCAGUGCCUUGGAUGCGGCGAGUGAGGCGGUCGUACAGAGCGCACUCGAUGCCGCCGUCCUCGAUCGGACAACGCUGGUUAUUGCCCACCGAUUGUCCACCAUCCGGAACGCGGAUGUUAUUGUGGUGCUAAAUCAAGGGCAGAUCGUUGAAGUGGGCAACCAUGACAGCCUGAUCAAGCAGCGCGGAUACUAUUACGAGCUGGUCAAGCAACAGGAACGACAGCAGCAGCAGCAGCAGCAAGAUCAGCCCUCAAAGGACUCCAGAGUGUACGGAUAGAUAGGAAUGUAAUUUAUUGACUUGUCGUUCUUUCGCGCGCGAUAGAAAAACGUGUUAUAGACUGUAAGGGAGUGGGAGGGAAUUUAGGCUUUAGAAACAAAUUAAAAGACAAAUGUUAUCAAUAAAGCUUUGAACGCGGGACUAUUUAUUGCCAA